GCCCCACGGGGAGUCGCUGUGGGUUAUAGGCUACUGUAUACUGUAUAUAUUGCUUAUCUGCAGAGGUUCAAGUUCAUUGUUGCAUGUGAUUGUCGGUAACAGACCUCAUACGGCAGCUGACCGCCCUGUUCCUGGACCAGCUUUUCUCUUCGCAUGGCUCUGUUUACGCGGCGCGUAACUGACUGAGGGAAAGUCUGCUUAAAGUUCAGCGCAAAAACUCUCGGAGAUGUAUUGGUUCAUGCAAGGACUGUGCGCCCUGCCAGCGUUCUUGGUCGUCUGGUCCUCCGCUACUUUCAUUGUUUCUUAUAUCAUUGCGAUCUACAACAACGAUGUCGACGUAAUCUUCCCAUACAUAAGUGACACAGGUGUCAACCCCCCAGAGAGCUGCAUUUUUGGUCUGAUGACAUUUAUUUCUGCAUGUGCAGGUGUAGCCACUAUUUACGCCAGAUAUAAGCAUGUGGAUAAGCUGAGGGAGGACAACAGAUGUGAUGUGAACUCAUGCCUCAACAAAACUGCUCUUUGGUUUGGUGAGAUCUCCUGCUUUGGCAUGUGCAUUGUUGCUACUUUCCAGGAAACGACACUGCAAGCAGUUCAUGAUUGUGGAGCAAUGAUGUUUUUUCUCUGUGGCAUCGUGUACAUUAUCCUCCAGUGUUUUAUAUCAUUUUAUGCAUAUCCACAUGGGUGCUCCAAGAAUCUGUUUCAUGUGCGUGUCAGCAUCGCCACGCUUGCUUUUGUGGCAUUCUUUCCCACUGUCAUCUGUGCAUUUUACGUGAAACAAACUGAACUGCACAGACACAAGGAUGACAAGGACUAUCCCUUCCAUGUAGCCAGUGCUGUAUGCGAGUGGAUUGUUGCCUUUAGUUUCGUCUUCUUCUUCUUCACAUACAUUCAUGACUUCAAAUUCUUUACCUUACGGGUGGAAACAGAAUUUGAGGGGUAGUCUUGAACAUUUUUACCAGCAUCGUUAAGAUAAAUAUGAGUAUUUUAUGUAAGUUUUGCAUGCGUCUUAGUACACAUUCAAUUUCCACUGACUGAAAUUUUGGUAGAACACAGUAGAUACUUUUUUAUUUUUUAAUUGUAUUUAUACAUUUUUGUACAACUGGUUGUCUGUCACAUACAAGAUGAUUGAAGACAAACUAAACAAAUACUGUAUUUUUACUUUUUAUGUACGGUAUGUAUAUAUACAUAUAUAUAUGUAUGUAUAUAUACAGACUAUUUCUAAGUGUACUUAUUGUUGCCUGUUAACUUUGCACUUUGCUAUUGCUACACCAGCAUGACACAUCCUGUGAGAACUGUGACCUCUUAUAGGAGAAGUUAAUCACAUUGUGAACACAUGAUCACACACAGGGUUAAAUGAGAAUACCACUUAGACCACUCGUGUCUACGACUACAUAGCAGUCUGACCUUAGACUGAAAGUAUAUGAAUGUUAGUUGGUGGUUUUGUGCAGAAUUUCCUGUUUUGUUUUGUUUUUUUAAUUUGCGGAUUAUCACUUUAUUGUGACAUCAAAUUAAGGAGGAAACACUCCUGCUGUGGAUGCUCCGAUUCAGAGCUUUGGUUUUUGGAUGAAUCUGUCCACUCCACAUUGCUGAACAAUGAAAACUGUGUCUAAUAAGACAUUUCUGUCUGAUAUCAGGUACUGUAUACUGCUUAUGUUUUGCUGCCACUUCUACAUCAUCUGUGCUGCAGCUGUGGAUGGGAAUUUUCAUACAGGCAAUGGGAAUUAGGCUACUUAGUAGCAGGAAUCGGGCUAAUUUUUGGAAUUUAAUUCCAAUAAUAAUAUGAACCAAAAGCAAAGUUAAUUAGAAUUAUGGAGGUUUGUUCAGCUGGGCUUUUCACUUGUAACCCCACGUCACGAGUUUUUAGCUCAAUGGCUUCUUAAAUUUUUAGGAUUACACUAUGUAACAAGAUGUUUGUCUUUGACCCCUUUUUUUGCCCCAAAAUAUAUAAAUUUAUUGUUAUUUUUUCUUUUAACUGAACAUUUUUAUAGGCAAUUUUUGAGGAGAAAACAGCUUGGAAAAAAGUUUAAAACCUAAAUGAAAACCACUAGUAAAUGGCAUUAUAUGGGAAAAUGACAAAUUUGGAAAAUCACUGUCUGAACAACAAAAGCAAAGUUUUGGGAUCCAAAAUAUCUAUAUUUUUUAGUUUGUUUACAUGUAGAGAACUAGAAAAACAGUUUAAACCCAAAGACAAGACAAAAGUGGAAAUUUGUUACCUGGUCUUAUCAGAGUUACAAGGGGAAUGAAUGUUUCUGGUACCAAGUAUGGAUCUUGCAUCUAUUAAAAAAAAAGGCAGUAAUUUAAAAUAUUUUGUCAACUCUUUUGGGUUGCUGGCGUGUAACAUAAGAGUCGUGGACCAUUACAGGUGUGCAGGCUGAGUUUGAAGAUGUGUGCGGCCAAAAAACAUGAAGAGUGCUGAGUAAAGGGUGUAAGACUGCACCUACCUUCAAAAUAGGACUUUAGAAGAAGGGUGGAGUGAUAUAGUUUCGGCUUUGCAGCAAGUUCUUCCCUUUUAGACGUUUAGAAAAAAUAGACCCUGAAGUUGAGAACCAAUGUUUUAGCCAGUACUGUAACCAAGUGCUUGCUACAAGUAAAAUCACAGGGAAUCUAGAAAGAGGCUGUAAAACUCCUGAGACAAAUUUGGGAUUUAGGGAUUAAUAUGCAAAACUGACUUGAAAUGGCACAAGGGAACAUAGUAACACACUGAAAGGCUGCUUAAAAGUUUAAUUACCUUUAAUGAGGUGCACUCAGACACAUGUAAGGUCUGCAUGCUGUUAAAGGUGGUCCAGAUUUUGUGGAUCAGAAGACUAUAAUACUUCUGCUGAACUGCUCUACACAGGUGGAAUAAACGUACUGUAAAGAAAACAAAUGAUCCUGUGCUGUAAUCUGUGUAGAUUAUAACUAUUUCACUACAGGUGUUUUUAUAAAGGGACAUGUUUGAGGGGUUUUCUUUGUUUUUUACUGAACUUUUGUACUUUUGCUUGUAAAAUGAUGUAUGGCACAAACUAUAAUGUACAGGUGAGCUGAAGAAUAA